AACAGACCUCCGUUCAGCGGUUGAAAAAUCCGCGAACUAUUCAAUAGAGCCCUCGAACAGCAGGAGGAGGAGAAGAAGAUUCCAAGGGGAGAAAAAUGCCGGCGACCUCCACGAUGUUGGGAGCUUUGCUGGGUUUAGGGACCCAGAUGUACUCCAACGCCCUGCGAAAGCUCCCUUACAUGCGCCAUCCAUGGGAGCACGUUCUUGGGAUGGGGCUGGGUGCGAUCUUUGUGAAUCAGCUGGUGAAAUGGGAUGAUAAGCUCAAAGAGGACCUCGACAAGAUGCUCGAAAAGGCCCGGGCUGCUAACGAGCGCAGAUACUUUGAUGAUGAUGAAGAUUAAUAUUUCUUCAGUUGCAGUUUUAGUCAAGACGCAUAAUAUCUCAAAGGCAUCCCUCUCUUUCUGUGAUAGCUCAUAGUUAACAGGGCAUGUCCAACUGUUUGUGCUUCUAUUAUACUGUUUUGAUAUUCAAGUUCCUGUUCUCAAUAAGCUUGGUUUUUUUGACAUUUUUUCCCCUUUGAUGAUAUACUAGGUUAUUAAUGGUUGUAUGAGUUCUGAUUUUGCAUGAAGAAAUGAUGUUAAUAAUAUCCCACUCAGGCUUGAUUGGUCACUAGUUCAAA